AUGUUGGAGCACUUUGAGUCACUGCCUCCAGCAGUGAGAAGAAAGUUCUUCUCGAAUGUCGAGCGUUUGCGCAUCCGGCUAGCUCAGAGCGAUCACGGUUCCCCUACCUGCUCCACGUCAAACUAUCAGACCGAUAAUCGGGUCUAUCGAGCCCCUCGUCUUGGGGACUCUCACUCGCGUGGUUUACGGACCGGAUCUAGGAAGCGAGGGCUCGAGAAACGUUCUUCUCCUUCCAAGAAAUUACGCAAACCCGGCUCUCUUCAAUUGGCCUACCUGGCCGCCCAGGCGGACUCUCAAUGCUUUCAUUCUCUCCCCGCUAAGAUCCAACAAAAGCUUUUCUCCCCGAAGAACGCAGAUGUUUAAGGAAC